ACUCCUGUGAGCGCUCCCAUUUCUCCUGUGCAUUUUGGAGAGGAGUGAGUGUGUGUGACCUACUCUGGAGAGAAACAGACAGAGACGACCCGAGGAUGAAGCUAGUGUUUGUGGCUGUGUUAGCGCUCUGUACGCUCAUCUCUGUGGAUAGAGUGGAUUCUUCUGCCUACGACAAAAUUGUGACACACAGUCGUAUCCGGGCCAGACUCCAGGGACCCAAUGUGUGUGCCAUGCAGCAGGUGAUGGGGACCAAGAAGAGGAAGUACUUCAGCACAUGUAGGACCUGGUAUAAAGGCUCUAUCUGUGGGAAGAAGACGAUGGUUGUCUAUGAGUGCUGUCCAGGCUACAUGAAGCUGGAAGGCAUGAAAGGAUGCCCUGCAGUGGCUCCUAUAGACCAUGUGUAUGGCACAUUGGGCCUGGUGAAGGCUAGGACAACCCAGAAGUACUCAGCCCUCUCUAAGCUGAGGGAAGAGAUUGAAGGGAAGGGAUCGUUCACUAUGUUUUCCCCUAGCGACGAAGCCUGGGACCUGCUGGACCCUGAGGUGCUUGGUGCCUUGGUGAGCAACGUGAACAUCGAGCUGUACAACGCCCUGCACUAUCACAUGGUCAACCAUCGCAUGCUAACGAAAGACCUGAAGAAUGACAUGUCUAUCACCUCCAUGUACAACAACCAAGGACUCUACAUCAAUCACUACUCAAAUGGAAUCGUCACGGUGAACUGCGCCAGGAUUAUCCAUGGUAACCAGGUGGCUACCAAUGGAGUGGUUCAUGUCAUCGACCGUGUCAUCACUAACGUGGUCAACACCAUACAGGACGCCCUGGGAGUUGAUGACAACCUAUCCUCUUUCAGCGCUGUAGCCUUGGCCUCAGGUGUGAUGGAAAAACUGGGCCAGCCAGGUCACUUCACCCUGUUCGCUCCCACCGAUGAUGCCUUUAAGAACCUUGAGGCCGGCUUCCUGGAACGCAUUAUGGGAGACAAUGCUGUUAUCGCAGCCCUGGUGAACUACCACCUGUUGAACAGUGUGCAGUGCUCUGAGGCCAUCAUGGCAGGCUCUGUGCACGAGACAGCAGAGGGAAGCACCGUUGAGAUCGGCUGCGACGGAGACAGCCUGACGGUCAACGGUAUCAAGAUGGUCCUGAAGAAAGACAUUGUCGCCACCAACGGAGUCAUCCACCUCAUCGACCGGGUCCUCAUACCUGACUCAGCCAAGGAGGUGAUGGAGCUGGUUGAUGAAUCCCAGAGCACCUUCAGAGACAUGGUGUCAGAGCUCGGCCUAUCAGCUGCAAUGAAGCCAGAGACAGAGUACACCCUAUUGGCUCCCCUCAACCCAGCUUUCUCUGAUGAGGUGAUGUCUUUAGACCAGAGCCUGUUGAAGGUGAUCUUGGAGAACCACAUUCUGAAGCAAAAACACAAACUGAGUGAACUCUACAACGGACAGCUGCUGGAGACCGUCGCUGGGAAACGAAUACGCGUCUUCAUCUACCGCACUGCUGUGUGUAUUGAGAAUUCCUGCAUGGUGCGAGGCAGUAAAGAGGGCAGCAACGGAGCCCUUCACCUGAUGAGGUCUCUCAUCAAACCAGCUCAGACCACCAUCUACAAGGUUCUCAUGGCAGAUGGACGCUUCAAUAUCUUCCUGUCUCUGAUGAAGAGUGCAGGUCUGACAGAGCUGUUGAAACAGGAGGGAUCCUACACCGUUUUCGCACCCACAGAUGAAGCCUUCGACGGGCUCACAGAACGGGACAUCACCCUGCUGGCCAGCGACGUGAACGCUCUGAGGACCAUCCUCCUGUAUCACUUCAGUAACGGAGUGUUCAUCAACGGGGGACUGGAGGGAGGCGUCACCAACCUGCUCAAGACCAUCCAGGGACACAGCCUGCAAGUGCUGUCUGUGAACAAGUCCAUCCAGGUGAACUCGCUGGACGUGCCAGACAUUGAUCUGAUGGCCACCAACGGAGUGAUUCACGUAGUAAAGAACAUCCUUUACCCUGGGGACCUGCCUGUCGGUCGCGAGUCCCUGCUGGUGCUGCUGAAGAAACUCAUCAAGUACAUCCAGAUCAAGUAUGUCUCUGGAUUCUCCUACACCAAAAUCCCCCUCACCUUCAUCAAGAGGACAAUCACCACGACAACUCACGUCCAAGAGGACUCACACGUGGAUUCAGUGCCUGAAAUCACCAAGGUGACCAGAGUGAUCGAAGGAGAGCCGACCCUCACCAAGGUUACGAGACGCAUCGAGGGAGUACCGUCCAUCACCAAGGUUACGAGACGCAUCGAGGGAGUACCAUCCGUCACCAAGGUUACCAGGGUCAUCGAGGGCAAACCCGCUAUCACCAAGGUUACCAGAGUUGUCGAGGGCGAACCCGCUAUCACCAAGGUUACCAGAGUUGUCGACGGCGAACCCACAAUCACCAAGGUUACAAGAGUUGUCAAGGGCAAACCCGCUAUCACCAAGGUUACAAGAGUUGUCGAGGGUGAGCCUGCCUUCAACAAGGUUACCAGGGUCAUCGAGGGAGAACCAAGCAUUACCAAGGUUACCAGGGUCAUCGAAGGAGUGCCUUCCAUCACAAAGGUCACCAGAGUUAUUGAGACUCCCCGUGGUUCCUCCGAUGGAAGAAUGAAGACUGAAGGAGACAUCAACGAGAUGCUUGAGGAAGGUGGAACCGGACACACAACGGUCACCAAGAUCAUCGAGCCUCACAUCAUUGAGGGCCCGGAAUUCUCUAAGAUCACCACCAUCCACGGCAACCCGGAAAUGAUCGACCAAGAGUCAGAGAGGAUCACCAAACUAAUCCAAGGUGGAGGGGGUAUAGGGGCCCCUGCCAAAAGAGCUCCUGUUGGUGUAAGGAGGAGGAAGGUAAGGCUGGUUAGACGCCACAACAACCAAAAGUCAUAUCCAGCCAAGACCAGUCCAUAUCAGUCCAGCCCUGACCAGUCCAUACCAGUCCAGGCCUGACCCGUCCAUACCAGUAAAGACCAGUCCAGACCAGUAAAGACCAGUCCAGACCAGUAAAGACCAGUCCAAAUCAAAUCAAAUCAAAUGUAUUUAUAUAGCCCUUCGUACAUCAGCUGAUAUCUCAAAGUGCUGUCCAGAAACCCAGCCUAAAACCCCAAACAGCACGCAAUGCAGGUGUAGAUGCACGGUGGCUAGGAAAAACUCCCUAAAAAGGCCAAAACCUAGGAAGAAACCUAGAGAGGAACCAGGCUAUGUGGGGUCCAGACCAGUAAAGACCAGUCCAGACCAGUAAAGACCAGUCCAGAUCAGUAAAGACCAGUCCAGACCAGUAAAAACCGGUAAUGAGCAGACUAGCCCUGCAGGAAUAUCUUUACAGAUCACCAUAGAGACACUGCAAGGAGCUCGCCAAGGUAUACAGCAACAGAAAAACACCAUUCUCUUGAUGGGAAACAAAAGGAAGAACCCAUGUGGAACAUCUAUAACAAUCAAGUAAUCGCCCUGGGGAGCAAAAGAGGUUGAAAAGGUGUUGGAAAUACGCAUUUUUGGGGGGUUGAAAAGACGUUGGAAAUGCUGUACAUCUUUUUGUUGGGUUGAAAAGAAGUUAAAAAUACAUAGUUUCAACCAAAUUUUGCUCACUGGGCAGCGGUGAACAAUGAAAUCAACCUAGAGUGAAUCAACUGGGCCAAUGGUGUCGGACAUCAUGUUUUAACAAUGCUAAGAGAAUCAGUUAUCCUACACGUAAUGUUCGUACUGUAUGCCAAGAAAUGAACUUUUAUCAACUUUUAUCAACUUUUGCUUUGGUAUGGAUUAGGUAGAACAUUGGAAAUAAUAAUUGUAUGGUGGAAAAGAAUAAACGUUUGUUUUUGUUAAUCACAUGGUUUAAUAGGGUGAAGACAUUUUGUACGUUUUUUUAUGGUGCUGGCAUUCUGUAUUGUGCAUCUCGACCAAUAGAAAUGAAGCACUCUGUCUUAUAGUUGCUUCUUGACCAAUAAGACUUAAGCAUUCUGUUUUAUGGAUGCAUCUCAACCAAUAGAAAUUAAGCAAUAAUUUUUAUCCUUUAAAGAUGCUGUAGUUAUCGUAACUUGACAACCAACCAGGUUUCUUUAGUUUUACUUAGUUUUUAGUUUUUCCUGUUGUCGAUUACUGUUUUCUGAUUCAUUUGUUGGGGUUUGUUAUUGAGACUGUUGAUGUUCAGUUGUACAAUAAAACCUACCCAACAAAGACCUACCCAACAUAGACCUACCCAACAUAAUAGUUGUUGGGGUUUGUUAUUGAGACUGUUGAUGUUCAGUUGUACAAUAAGACCUACCCAACAUAGACCUACCCAACAUUGACCUACCCUACAUAGAUCUACCCAACAUAAGACUUACCCAACAUAGACCUACCCAACAUAGACCCACCCUACAUAGAUCUACCCAACAUAGACCUACCCAACAUAAGACCUACCCAACAUAAGACCUACCCAACAUAAAACCUACCCAACAUAGACCUACCCAACAUAAGACCUACCCAACAUAAGACCUACCCAACAUAAAACCUACCUAACAUAGACCUACCCAACAUAGACCUACCCAACAUAGACCUACCCAACAUGUAUUGGAAAUAAAUGUUCAAUAAAUGUUUUUUUUAUCAUG